AUGUUUCUAACGGCAGUCACCAACGAGAUAUGGCAGGCCAUAUUGGCAUAUGGUCUGAUGGCAGGUUUCGGUAGCUCCAUGAUCUUCACACCCUGCUACGGUUGUCUAGCUCCCUAUUUUCGUAAACGAGCAGCGCUUGCUUUGGGAUUAGUUCGAUCGGGCAGCUGGAUAGGAAGUAUUGCACUAGUACCCAUCACCACUCUCAUCCGAGACACUUACGGUUGGAGAUCUCAGUGCGUUUUCAUGGGAGGCAUCAGUUUGUUGAUGAUUUUUGCUGGAGCAUUGUAUCGGCCGAGAUCUCCGCUCGCACCUACCAAAAAAUCGUCAAUUAAAGACGUCGUGUGUAGCUCCUUCAUCACGCAGAGACACGUCCGAUUCACGGUGUGGGUGUGGUUGCUUUCAUUGCACAGCUUUUGCUACUACCUCUCACUCUUCCAUUUGGUUCGACAUGCUGAAUGUAAACUCGAUGAUGUCGACCAUACCAGUGCAACCCUCUUUCUCGUAUACAUUGCAGUCGCUGCUGUGAUAGCUGACGUCAUUGCGGGAAUUCUACAAGAUAAAUUGUUGAGCAACAAACUCCUGCUAUUGCAGUUUUUGAUUUUUCUUGGCGGCGUCAACAACAUGUCGUUUCCGUUUCUCACAACGUACUCGCAUCUGGUCGUAUUUGCUGUGAUAACCGGAGUAGCGGCCGCUUAUAUACCGGUCACGUGCGUCAUUCCGCAGGUGCUCGUUGGCAAGAAAGACGCAGUCAACGCAUUUGGAAUUUACGUACUUUCAUCAGGAAUAACCAGUUGCCUAGGUGGACCCGCAGCAGGAUGGUAUUACGACAGGUACGGUUCAUAUGACGGUAUAUUUGUCAUCAGUGGAGGAAUGUCGGUCCUCUCCUCGAUGCUCAUGUUUUCUGAUAUCUAUCUAAAGAAGUACGCCGUCACUGCUGAUGACGACGAUACCGUAGAAGCGUCACGAGCUGAUGGAGAAGUAUCACGAGCUCAAGACGUCAUCACUAGUAUGGAAUCAUCAGUAUAG